AGCUUUGAUGUUACCAUCAGGGGCCGUGAAGGUGGCGUACCUAUAAGUAACCACGACAAACUUCAGCAGAACACUUUAAGUCGAGGAGUGAAUUUGUAAACAGCAUUCGAGCAUUCAAACAUUUAAAGAUGUCUAAGGCGGCACUUCAGAGGAAACAGAGAAAGACAAAGACGGAACAGGAGUUGCAGGGCGAGCUCGAUGAACUCACAGAGGUGAAGAGCCAACUCCAUGACCUGAAAAUUAGACACAAGGAUGCGCAGCGCAAAGUCCAUGAACUGGAAUGUACAAACUACGACACGCAGGGCAAAAUCCGUAAACUGGAAGCUACAAACAACGACGCGCAGAGCAAAAUCUGUGAACUGGAAGCUUCAAACAAGGACGCGCAGAGCAAAAUCUGUGACCUGGAAGCUACAAACAAGGACACGCAGCGCGAAAUCCGGGCCAUGAAAGGUACAUACAAGGCCGCGCAGAGCAAAAUCUGUGACCUGGAAACUACAAACCACGACGCGCACCGCAAAAUCCGUGAACUGCAAUUUACAAACAAGGACGCGCAGCGCAAAAUCCGGGACAUGAAAGGUACAUACAAGGAUGCGCAGCGCAAAGUUCACGAGACUGAGGAAGAAGCUAAAGGUAUGCAAAAAUUGUUUGAAGAAGUCAAGCAAAAAAACGAAAUGCUUAAAGAACAGGAAGCUAAACACACAAUGGUGCAGUGGAAACUCAGUGACCUGGAACUGACACACAGAGACAUGAAGCGCAAACUUCAGGACAAAGUCAAAGAAAAGGCAGAUUUGCUAGACAAGUUUAAUGAAGAACAGCUAAAACAUGAAGCAGCGCUUAUAAAAAAGGAAGAAGAGAAAAAUCUAGAGAUAUCUGGUUGGCGGGGAGGGCAACAUUUGAUGGAACUGUCAAUCAGAGGGCUGUACGAGCGAAUUCGGAAGGAUGAGGAAAUGAAUAGAUGCUUGCAAAAGAAAUUGAAUGAAGCCCUGCAAACAAAUGAAAAAAUGCUUAAAGAGAAGAAAGAAGAGGAAGAUAAAUACAAGGAGUUGCAGAGCGAGCUCCGUGACCUGGAAGUGAAACUUCAGGACGCAGAGAAAGAAAAUGAAGAAAUGCAUAAAGAAAAGAAAGAACAGGAAGAUAAACACAAGGAGUUGCAGAGCGAGCUCCGUGACCUGGAAGUCAAACUUCAGGACACAGUGAAAGAAAAGAAAGAUAAACACAAGGAGUUGCAGAGCGAGCUCCGUGACCUGGAAGUCAAACUUCAGUAUACAGAGAAAGAAAAGGAAGCAAUGCGUAAAGAAAAGAAAGAACAGGAAGAUAAACACAAGGAGUUGCAGAGCGAGCUCCGUGACCUGGAAGUCAAACUUCAGUAUACAGAGAAAGAAAAGGAAGCAAUGCGUAAAGAAAAGAAAGAACAGGAAGAUAAAUACAAGGAGUUGGAAGCGACACACGGAGAUGUGCAGAGCAAACUCCAUGACCUGGAAGCGAAACUUCAGUAUACAGAGAAAGAAAAGGAAGCAAUGCGUAAAGAAAAGAAAGAACAGGAAGAUAAAUACAAGGAGUUGGAAGCGACACACGGAGAUGUGCAGAGCAAACUCCAUGACCUAGAAGCGAAACUUCAGGAUACAGAGAAAGAAAAGGAAGCAAUGCGUAAAGAAAAGAAAGAACAGGAAGAUAAAUACAAGGAGGUGCAGAAAAAGCUCAAUGACCUGGAAGCGACACACAGAGAUGUGCAGAGCAAACUCCAUGACCUAGAAGCGAAACUUCAGGACACAGAGAAAGAAAAUGAAGAAAUGCGUAAAGAAAAGAAAGAACAGGAAGAUAAACACAAGGAGUUGCAGAGCGACCUCCGUGACCUAGAAGCGAAACUUCAGGACACAGAGAAAGAAAAGGAAGAAAUGCGUAAAGAAAAGAAAGAACGGGAAGAUAAAUACAAGGAGGUGCAGACCAAGCUCAAUGACCUGGAAGCGACACACGGAGAUGUGCAGCGCAAACGUCAGGAUACAGAGAAAGAAAAUGAAAAAAUGUGUAAAGAGAAGAUAAAACAGGAAGAUAAACACAAGUGGGUGGAGGGUGAGCUCCAUAAACUGAAAGUAAAAUUUCAGGACAUGAAGAAAGAAAAUGAAGAAAUGUGUAAAGAGAAGAAAAAACAGGAAGAUAAACACAAGCGGGUGGAGGGUGAGCUCAAUAAACUGAAAGUAAAAUUUCAGGACAUGAAGAAAGAAAAUGAAGGCUUGGGAGCGAAGCUUGAUGAAGCCCUGCAAAAAAAUCAAAAAAUGUGUAAAGAGAAGAAAGAACAGGAAGCUAAACACAAGCGGGUGGAGGGUGAGCUCCAUAAACUGAAAGUAAAAUUUCAGGACAUGAAGAAAGAAAAUGAAGGCUUGGCAGCGAAGCUUGAUGAAGCCCUGCAAAAAAAUGAAGAAAUGUGUAAAGAGAAGAAAGAACAGGAAGCUAAACACAAGCAGGUGGAGGGUGAGCUCCAUAAACUGAAAGUAAAAUUUCAGGACAUGAAGAAAGAAAAUGAAGGCUUGGCAGCGAAGCUUGAUGAAGCCCUGCAAAAAAAUGAAGAAAUGUGUAAAGAGAAGAAAGAACAGGAAGAUAAACACAAGCGGGUGGAGGGUGAGCUCCAUAAACUGAAAGUAAAACUUCAGGACGCAGAGAAAGAAAAUGAAGGCUUGGGAGCGAAGCUUGAUGAAGCCCUGCAAAAAAAUGAAAAAAUGCUUAAAGAAAAGAACGAACAGGAAGCUAAACACAAGGAGGUGCAGACCAAGCUCCAUGACCUGGAAGCAACAAACAGAGAUGUGCAGCGCAAACUUCAAGACACAGAGAAAGAAAAUGAAGGUUUGCGAGUGAAGCUUGAUGAAGUGGAGAGAGAGAUGCACUGGAAAAUCACAGAAAUGAUGAGAGAAAAUUUAGAACAGCAAAACAAAAUUCAGUACACAAACACUGAAAUGGAAAAGAAACUGCAACAAAAACUUCAAAGCAUUAGGGACAUCAGUGAUAAGGAACUUAAAAAACUGAAAAAGGAAAAUAAAAAACUGAAAGAAAAGCAUGCAGAAAUGCAGAAAGAAUUAGAAGAAUGUGAGAAAAAGUGCAAGAACCUUGAGAAGAAGAAUGCAGAAAAUAUGAGUGAACUGGAAAACCUUAGAUUAGAGAACGAGGAUCUGCAAGAACGUUGCCAGAAAAAGAAAAAGAAGCCCUUCUGGUUUUUCUGGAAUAAAUCUACUGAUUCUUCAGCGUGGCGCAGACAAAAUUGUGUUCACCCGUUAUAACUCUGCUGCUUCUUCAGGGCUACCUGCGCAAAACUAGCCUCAUCUUCCUCCAUCCUCUUCAUCCCUUUCUUCUUCCUCCCCUCCCUCUUCUGUCUCCCUUCUUUUCUGUUCCUUUCAAACCCCCAAACCGGUUUCGACAGAUGACUGCCCGUCCCUGAGCCUGGUUCUGUCGGAGGUUUCUUCCUGUCUACAGGGAGUUUUUCCUCCCCACUGUUGCCUUGUGCUUGCUCAUCGGGGAAUGUUGGGGGUUUCUCUUCUCUCUCCCUCUUUUCCUUACCCUAUCAUCCCCAACCUGUUUAUUCAUCUUUGAGAAUACAGGCUAAGGAGGUAGGGUAAUAAUAAUAAUAUUACAUGUAAUAUUAUAUAUAUAUAAUAAUAAAGGCAAUCAUAUGCCAUCUAAAA